AUGGAAACGGAGGUCGGCUCCCCGGCCACCGCCACCGCGGCGCCCAUCAACUUCUCGCUGCCAGUGGACUCUGAGCACAAGGCCAAGUCCAUCAAGAUCUUCUCCUUCGGCAACCCACACAUGCGUGCCUUCCAUCUCGGAUGGAUGUCCUUCUUCACCUGCGUUGUCUCCACCUUCGCCGCUGCGCCGCUCAUCCCCAUCAUCCGCGACAACCUCAACCUCACCAAGGCCGACAUCGGCAACGCCGGGGUCGCCUCCGUCUCCGGCGCCAUCUUUUCAAGGCUAGCCAUGGGCGCCAUCUGCGACCUUCUCGGCCCGCGUUAUGGCUGUGCCUUCCUCGUCAUGCUCUCCGCACCAGCGGUGUUCUGCAUGUCAGUCAUCGAUGGUCCUGGAGGAUACAUCGCUAUCCGGUUCCUUAUUGGUGUCUCUCUUGCCACCUUUGUGUCAUGUCAGUACUGGAUUAGUACCAUGUUCAAUAGUAAGAUCAUCGGGACGGUCGGUGGCUUGACGGCGGGGUGGGGUGACAUGGGCGGCGGUGCCACACAGCUCAUCAUGCCUCUCGUCUUUGACGGCAUCCUGGCAUGUGGUGCAACACGCUUCACAGCAUGGCGCAUUGCAUAUUUCGUGCCAGGAAUGAUGUUGGUGGUGAUGGGCUUGCUUGUCCUCACCACGGGGCAAGACCUUCCCGACGGCAACCUGAGGAGCCUUCAGAAAAAUGGUGACAUGAACAAAGACAAGUUCUCCAAUGUUCUCCGGGGCGCCGUCACCAACUACCGUACAUGGAUCUUCGUCUUCAUCUAUGGCUACUGCAUGGGCGUCGAGCUCACCACCAACAACGUGAUAGCCGAGUACUACUACGACAGCUUCCACCUCGACCUCCGUGCUGCCGGCACCAUCGCUGCUAGCUUUGGCUUGGCCAAUAUCUUCGCACGACCAAUGGGAGGCUACCUCUCCGACCUUGGUGCCCGCUACUUCGGCAUGCGUGCCCGUCUCUGGAACAUCUGGAUCCUCCAAACAGCUGGUGGAGUCUUCUGCAUUUGUCUUGGCCGUGCAUCAAGUCUGCCCACCUCCGUCACUUGCAUGGUCCUCUACUCCAUCUGCGUCGAGGCUGCAUGUGGUGCGGUCUACGGUGUCAUCCCUUUCGUCUCCCGACGCUCCCUCGGCCUCAUCUCUGGCAUGAGCGGCGCAGGCGGUAAUGUCGGUGGCGGGCUGACACAGUUCCUCUUCUUUACGUCAUCACAGUACACCACCGGCAAAGGACUGCAGUACAUGGGUAUUAUGAUCAUGGUGUGCACACUCCCCAUCACGCUUGUGCACUUCCCGCAGUGGGGAUCUAUGCUCCUUCCUCCCAGCGCCGACGCCACCGAGGAGGACUACUACGGUGCCGAGUGGACAGAGGAGGAGAAGAGCAAGGGCCUCCACCUUGCCGGCCUCAAGUUCGCCGAGAACAGUGUCUCAGAGCGCGGCAAACGCAAUGCCAUCCUGGCAGUACCUUGCAGCCCACCUAACAACACGCCCCAGCACGUAUAA